UGGAGCAGCAGGCAGCGAGUGUGUGUUGAUUUGAGCGCAGAGGAGAGACACGAGAGCGCCUUUCUCAUUCAGUCCGGCGACACCUCCAUGAAUGAAUGCGGUGCGUUUACUGGGGUGAGUGCAAGCUUUAAGUUCUCCAUCACCUUCGACGCUUCAGUAAAACGUAACUAGAAACAGAAAAAAAUAAAAGAGUUUCCAAAAGUCCAGUCCCUUCGGAGGAUCGUCUCACCGAUUACGCACUUUACGCACGCACAGUACCGCAACAUAUUUACAUUAGGACACUUGCAACUUUAUCUAUAAAGUGUCACGGAUCUGCUGCAUUUAAUGUCUGUUUCAUAAUAGUCAGCAUGUAGUAAGUCAAUUGAAAGAUAUGCUUAUGAGUGGAGUCGCUGAAUGCGCUCGAGCGCGCAGCAGUUCAUGUUCCAUCUCCAAUAAAUCGCUUAAGUCAGUCUCCUACUUCAAAGGGUGAUCGGACGACGCGCUCAGAGUCCAACCGCUGCAGAAUGGACGGACUUUACGACCAACAAGUGCCUUUCAUAAAAUCUCAUAAUCCUCGGGGAAAGACGUCCAACACGAGACCAGCGAAGGACAGGAAAAGAAAAUUCAUUAACUCUGACCUGGCUUUGGACACUCAGGAGCUGUUUCAAGAUCUCAGUCAACUUCAGGAAACCUGGCUCGCUGAAGACAUGCUGGUUGUGGUCUAACUCAAACGUGAUGCUUCAGGAGUUAAGCGCGAGUGUCUUCUUCCCACCUUGCUUGCAGCACCGACCUUUAGCUCAAGUUCCUGACAAUGAUGAGCAGUUUGUUCCAGACUUUCAGAGUGAAAACUUGGCGUUCCACGGGCUGCAGUUGAGGAUAAAGAGAGAGCCCCACAGUCCGUGUACUGAUCUGGGCUCAGCCUGCAGUCAGGAGAGGCCCUUCAGACUCCACUAUGGGGAGAAGUGCCUGUAUAACAUCAGUGCCUACGAGCAGAAGCAUCCCUCGGGAAUGAAGGCCUCCAGCCCAGUGUCUACCCCCUGCAGCACGCCUGUGUCCCCUGGACAGCAUGGGUCUCCCACUGCCGCCCCCACCCCGAAACCAGACAGGACGUACCCUCACCUCGCACCCCCGCAGCCCCUCCCUGACAGUGCUUACCCCAUGGACCACAGUGUUUUGUUCAGAUUUCGGCGGCAGUUGUCGGAGCCGUGUCAUUCCUUCCCCUCUCCUUCAAUGUCGCGGGACGGACGGCCCAUGUAUCACAGACAGAUGUCAGAACCCAGCAUCCCCUUCCCUCCUCAGGGGUUCAAGCAAGAGUAUGGCGACCCCCUCUUCGAACAUCCAGCCAUGGUGGGGGCGCCGCUUCCCCAGACGUACCCGCACUCCAUGAUGAUCAAACAAGAGCCUCGCGACUUCACCUAUGACUCAGAAGUGCCUAGCUGUCACUCUGUAUAUCUUAGACAAGAAGGAUAUCUGGCCCACAAUAACAGAACAGAGGGAUGUAUGUUCGAAAAAGUUGCAAGGCACUUCUAUGAUGACACUUGCGUGGUACCAGAGAAGGUUGAAGGUGAUAUAAAGCAGGAGGCGGGGCUGUAUCGUGAAGGCCCAACCUAUCAGAGACGAGGUUCACUGCAGCUCUGGCAGUUUUUGGUGGCCCUAUUGGAUGACCCCUCAAAUUCACACUUCAUUGCUUGGACAGGCCGGGGCAUGGAGUUUAAACUCAUUGAGCCUGAGGAGGUGGCACGGCGUUGGGGAAUUCAAAAGAAUCGACCUGCCAUGAACUACGACAAGCUUAGCAGAUCAUUGCGCUACUACUAUGAAAAAGGCAUCAUGCAAAAGGUGGCAGGUGAAAGAUACGUGUAUAAGUUUGUCUGCGACCCCGAGGCUUUGUUCUCCAUGGCCUUCCCCGACAAUCAGCGUCCGGUGCUGAAGACCGACCUGGAGCGGCAGAUCAACGAGGAAGACACCAUGCCGCUGUCACACUUCGAUGAGAACAUGGCGUAUAUUCAAGAGGGCGGCUACUGCAACCCACACCCGUACAAUGAGGGCUACGUCUACUGAAAACUGCUACCGGCCGUUCGAAAACAAAACAAACUUUCAGACUUGUCCCUCAUUUCCUUCAGUCAUUCCCCAGGACAAAAGAGAGCACUUUAUGAACAGAGGAUGAUGGCAGUGUGUAAACCUACAAACGUACUGGUGUGGUUAUGUUAGAUGCUCCUUUGGUGAUUUUUGUUGCUACUGAAGGGGAUGGGGUGUUUAAGCAUGCCGUUUUCUCACUGAAAAGACUCUUGAGGGCAAAUGGCCUCUCUUCGGACAGAUGUUUUGAACUAUUUAGACAAGUUAGAGUCUGGAGCACGUGAAUGGAAAAAUCCCAACCUCUUUUACCAUUGAAUCUCUUGGAUUGUUUGUGGAGCGCUUUGUUAUUUUCACACAUUUUCUCAACAUUUGUAUUCUCUACCUUGGUGUUAAACUGAGCAAAUAAUACAGUGUAUUACAAUGGAAAUAAAAUCCUUAAAACUCUCCAUCUCAAAGUGAGCACAUAUCUAAACUUGACUGAGUAAACGACCCACAUUAUUCCUUGCCCAUUCAAGACCCAUAAAGUGAUUAAAUACUUGCAAAGUUACAACAAAUGACUGAUUCAUGUUAUUUGUGAAGGAAUAUUAUAUACUUAUAUUCAAGUUAUACCCUUAUAUAUAUAUUCCCUUAUGAAUAUAAUGUCUUAGAGGAGGGAAGAUGCAGGUAAUUUUCUCAAUAAACAACAGAUUUUUUCUUAAUGAAACAAAUAAAGACAAAAAAUAAAUAAAUAAAUAAAUAAACUGCCAUGACAGCAUGAUUUUGUAAUACAGUACAUGGUGUUUCAAAUACUGCUCCAGUUUUUUUCUUAAGCUCUAUUUAAAUAAACAUCUGUAACAAUACAGUAUAACUGACACCAUAUUUCACUGAUACACACGUUUUGAUCAAACGCAGCUAUAGAUAUCAAAGAGUUCUCUUCAGACAGCUUCACAUGUGUCUAUGACAUCAUUCUAUGAAAGUUACAUUUCUAAUAUUAGAGACAAAUUGCUUUUUUUAUUAGGAAAAAAAGUGGAUGUUGGUCCAUUACUCGCUCCCCCAUGCCAUCAUUGAAAAUAAAUAUAAAACAUGUAUAUUCAGGUUAAUGCACCUCAAUGCUGCUUUUUGUGUAAAUUUAGUCAAGUAUGAUCAGACGGCAGCUAUGCCCUGCAGUACGUUAAUUGUUUUGUUUUUUUUACAUUGAAAAAAAAAGAAAAAACGUCAGUGUUUAUUGAUUGUAAAAAAUAUAUACAUAAUUGCAAAGGGAAUGGCAAUAGCUACACUUCUGUAAUAAAAUAGUCUUGAAAAACA